AUGAUUUUUUAUGCUCAAACAUUGAAUUCAAUUCCAAAUUUUUUGCUUUGGCUUUCUUUAAUAAUCUUGCCUUUCCUAUUCCAAUGUCUUGCCAAUAGUUCCCAAAGUACAACAAGUAUUGGUGUGAUCAUGGAUGUUAAUUCUGAAACAGCUAAACAACAGAGAACAGCCAUGCAAAUUGCAGCUCAAAGUUUCAAUAACUAUUAUAACAAUCAAAACAUAGUCAUUUUCUUCCGUGAUUCUGGUCGAAACCCUUUACAGGCAGCUUCAGUUGCUGAAGAAUUAAUCACUAAAGAAAAAGUUAAAGUAAUUAUUGGCAUGGAAACAUGGCAAGAAGCAGCUCUUGCUGCUGACCUUGGAGCAAAGUUUCAAGUACCAAUAAUUUCAUUUUCUUCUCCACCAUCAGUCUCGUCAUCAUUAGUGCAACUUCGUUGGCCUUUCUUGAUUCAAAUGUCACAAAAUCUUUCUGUACAAAUGAACUUCAUAGCUGAUAUGAUUAAUGCUUUUAACUCUCAGAAAGUUAUAAUUAUAUAUGAAGACAACCCUUAUAGCAACGAUUCUGGAAUGUUAAGCCUCUUAUCUGAGGCUCUCGAAAAGUUAAACUUGCAGAUUGAGUAUCUAUUAGUUCUUCCACCAUUCACUUCUUUAUCUGAUCCGAAAGGGUUUGUUCUUGAUGAAUUGUUGAAGUUGUUGCAGUUAAAAUCUCGUGUUUUUGUUGUACUUCAAGCAUCAUUGCCUAUGGUGAACCAUUUGUUUAGAGAAGCUAAGAAAAUUGGAUUAUUGGAGAAAGAAUCAUCUUGGAUAAUCAAUGAGGAGAUUACAAGCAUGUUGGAGUAUGUAGAUAAAUCAGUUGUAUCUUCUAUGGAAGGCGUUUUGGGAAUCAAAACCAACUAUUGUACAAGCUCUAGUGCUUAUACUCAUUUGCAGGAAAAUUUUCAAGCUGAGAAUACAGAAAAAGUUGAGUUCAAACCAAGAUCAAAUGUUUUGCUAGCUUAUGAUAGCAUCACAAUUGUCACAAAGGCUUUGGAGAAAAUGAAUACUAAUUCUAGUAGCUCAAAAAUUUUACUGGAGAAAAUGUUAUCUUCCAAUUUCAAUGGCUUAAUAGGUGAUAUAAGAUUCAAAGAAAGACAACUAUACUACACUCCAAUGUUAAGAGUCAUAAAAGUGGUUGAUAAUGAUAAGAAAGAUAUUGAAUUGGACUUUUGGACACCAAAAUUGAAGUUUGCUAGAUCUCUUAGAGAGAAAACAAGUGAUGGUAUUAAAGAAGAAAGCUUAAAUGACUGUGUACCUAAGAAAUGGAAAAUACUGAAUGAUACAAACCCUUUACAAGUUGCAAUUCCUAUGAAUCCUGCAUAUGAUGCCUUUGUGAAAGUCUCUCAAAAUCAAAAUGCUACCGGUUUUUGUAUUGACCUUUUUCAAGAGAUCCGAGAAAUUCUGCGUUACACAUAUUUUGAUCUUCCCUAUAAUUUUACCCCUUUCUCCGAAUCUUUUGAUGAUAUUUUGCGUGAAGUACAAGAUAAGACCUAUGAUGCUAUUGUAGGAGAUGUAACAAUACUUGCCAGCCGAGCAAGGAAUGUAUCAUUCACUCAACCAUAUACUGAAUCGGGCUUAUCACUCAUACUUCCCGCAGAAACUGAAGAUUCAGCAUGGUUGUUUAUGAAACCAUUUAGCAUGGUAAUGUGGAUUGCAACUAUUGGUAUCCUCAUCUACACAAUGAUUACCAUUUGGUUCUUGGAACAUCACUUGAAUCCUGAAUUUGGUGGACCAUUGAAAACCCAGAUCAGCACGACUCUGUGGUUUGCUUUUUCUUCUCUAUUUUUUGCUCAGAGGGAAAAAAUAAGCAGCAACUCAGCAAGAGUAGUAGUUGGAGUAUGGUUAUUUCUUGUGUUUGUUAUAACCUCCAGCUACACUGCAAAUCUUUCAUCAUUGCUUACUGUCCAAAAAUUGAGGUCAGAUAGAGACAUUGAAUGGCUUAAACAAAAAAAUCUAUCAGUUGGUUGUUUUAACACCAGUACCUUUGUAAAGGACUACUUGGUCGAAGUCUACAAUUUCCCUAGGCACCAAGUUGUAGAUGUUGAGAAUGAAGAUGACAUUUUGGAUAAAUUCAAGAGCAAAAACAUUUCUGCUCUCUUUGUUGAGAGCCCAUAUGAGAAGGUUUUCUUGAAUAAAUACUGCAAAGAUUACACUGCAACUACAGCAGCCUAUAAAUUUGGAGGAUUGGGAUUUGUAUUUCAAAAAGAUGAUCCAAUGGCAAAAGACUUUUCUGAAGCAAUUUUAACACUAGCAGAAAAUGGAAAAUUAAAAAAUUUGGAAGAUAGAUGGUUAACACCUUCCAAUAAGUGCUCAAACAACUCACCGUCUCCAGAAGAAACUGAGAGUCUGACUUUUGACAAAUUUUGGAGACUCUAUGUCAUAUGUGCUGCCACUUCCACCAUCUGCUUACUAGUAGCUUUGUUGAAGAAGUGUUUACAUAAACAUAACCACUAUGAAGAAGCUGAUCAACUUCCUCAAGGAAGUGUAAUCUCCGAAUCUGACAAUGAUAACAAUAAUAAUGAUUCUCAGAGAGCAAUUAGAGUUGGUACAGGUUUAAACAUUGAGAAUCUCAUGAGUUUAAAUAAAUCUGCAACUUUUGGUGUACGUCGUCGAAAUUCGCCAAAAUUGGAGACUAUAAGCAUUUCUGAUGAACCGGGCAAUCUGCGUCGCUCCCAACCAGCAGCCAUGCCAUAG